CGGUUAGGCUCCUCCCGCGCGGCUCCAAUCCGGAAAGGAAGCCGCUCGAGAGCUUCUCUGUGCGGUGUAUCAACUGUGUCGUCCUCCUGCCAUGAUUCUUGAUGACACACCCUUGUUUGAUCCGAUCAUGUUACGUGACCUGGAUUGGACCCAAAAUAUGGUGAAAUUCUCUCCUGAAAUUUCUCCUCUGAACCCUGGGGUUGGAUUAGUUAUGAGGCCUCUCUGUACUGCUGACUUCAAUAGAGGUCUUUUUAAGGUACUUGCACAGUUAACGAAAGUAGACCAAGUUGCACCUGAAAUAUUUAUAAAAAAAUUUGAGCACAUGAAACAAACUGGAGAUUAUUAUACCGUUGUGAUUGAAGACACACACCUUGGACAGGUUAUUGCUACAGCAACGUUAAUAAUUGAACAUAAAUUUAUACAUUCUUGUGCAAAGCGAGGGAGAAUAGAAGAGGUUGUCGUGAGUGAUGAAUGCAGAGGAAAGCAACUUGGGAAACUGUUAGUUUCAGCCCUCACACUUCUCAGCAAGAAACUCAACUGUUAUAAAAUUACACUAGAGUGCCUACCAAAGAAUGAACCCUUCUAUCAAAAGUUUGGAUAUAAAGCUACAGAAGAAGUGUACAUGCAGUGCAGAUUUUUCGACUGAAAUCUGCUUAAUUGGUUGCUUAUUUUUAUUUCUAAAAAGAUGUUUGAGAUCUGGCUAUAUUACUGGUAUUCUGAUCUAUUAAUGCAGGACUGAAUAUAGAAUAGUCUGGCAUUAAUGGCCUAUUUUCUGCUUAAUUUGGUGGUAACAGGAUGUAGUUGAAAUUUAAGAAUGUUUUUCUCAGACUAAGCAGUUUUGUGGAUGAGGGGUAAACUGCAGCAUAGUUCACAUUAUUAAACUUUGGCUGAGAGCGCUGUAUCUAUGAAGGAACAUUGUUUUAUUUAAAAACUGAAGAUAUCAAGAAUUUUAACCAAAGUACUUUUGUUUUUGUCUAGCUCCAAAACCUUUGUCUUGAAUUUAUGUAGAACUUGGAGCAGAACAUUUCUAUGCAUUAAUUUCUGUUAAGUGACUUAACUAGUAAUUAUGGCUGCCAUGAUGCUCUGCCUGCAAUGUUAAAGGAAGAACAAUGUUAUGCAGUUAUUUGGGAGUAAUUCCAUUUUCAUUAAGUGCAAAAUUUGCAGGAAAUCCUAGGAGCAGAAAUCUGAUUGGUCUUAAGUGCAUGGGCUUUAUGGCACUUUCCAAGUUGAAGUGGCGAUAUUAAAAAUACUUGUGUGGCUGUUCCCAAUUUUUUUUUAAUUAAGUUGUGGAGUUUUGGAGGAACAAGACAGUAUCAAACAGCGCACGAGCACCAUAUGUUGAUGUUCUGAAGUAGCUUGCUGCAGUGUAACUAAAUAUAAGCAUUAAGACUCUAGGUCAUAUAUACGUGAUUUCAUUAGUGUGAUUUAAUUGAUCUUAAAAUUGGAUAAUUCCAAAGCACAUUUAUCUAAUUUAAAUAUUUGUUUAAAUAUGUAUAAAUGAAGAUAAACUGCUCGCUGUGUAGAUGCAAUAUUGCACAGGAUAUAACUGAUUUUACCCAACAGGAUUUUACUCUUUAUCUCAAAUUUUAGGCUUCAUGGUUAACAUUGCAGAUAAAUCUACUGUUUUCAGCCUGUUUAUAGGAGUUUCACACUUGUCUGCUGUGCAUUAUGGGAGUUGUUUGUUGAAAACGUUUUAUUUUUGUUUGUAGAGUUGUAGCUAAAUACAAUUAAUCUAUGGAUUAGUAAAAUGGUAUUUGAGAGAGCUCCAUAAAUUUAAACAUUAUCCCUAAAUUUAUCCUUUGAAAGUUAAUGUGUGUGUGUAUAUUUAUAGAUGUUUUAUAUAUACAUACACACGCACAAGAAAAACAAAUUCCAAUAGAGAUGGGGAUGUGAAUAGUGAUCAUCAUUGAUUAUUGUAACAAGUUAUACAUAAGUAAAAAUUAGAACCGGAGAUUUGGUAUAUAUUGUAUAUAGUUUAAUCAAAGAAAGCACUGCUUCCUUAUAGGAAAGGUAAAUUCUAGCGCAAAAGAUGCAGUUAAAGUAAAAUUUAAUAUUCUGAAGGAAUUUACUUUACAAAAGAUUGUAUAUUUUCACCCUGUUAAUUUUUAAGAAUUUUUGUCUAAACUAUUGAGCUUUAGUUUUAUACUACAGCAUCAGAGCUAAUAUUUGUAGAAACUUGGUACACUUUGAUGUGGGUACAUGGGUGGUGAGAAAUGCUGCAAAGAAUUGCUGUAAACGGGGUCUGUCAUUGUUGUUUAGACGCUAUAAUUUAUAGGACCGAGAUGGUAAAUGUCUGCAUUUAAGUUCAACAUAAUAUGUCACCUUCUGUUUACUGUACUGACUACUUUGUCAAAAGUUUUUGA